UUUUGCAACGGAUCCGACGACCAACGCUCAUACGGUGGAGCUAAAGCUCAAAACAAAUUCUAGUUGACGAAGAAAUAUUGUGAUAUGAAUACAAAACGAACUUACAUUUAUGAUAAAAUUACAAGCGAGUACUACACAACUACAAAGUCAAUCAUUGGACCUUCGAAAGAGUAAUAUAAUAAUAAUAGUAAUGACAAUGAAAAUGAAAACUUAUUCAAAAACGUGGGUUCUAGCUCACAGCUCAGGAUCUAGUUUAAGCACAACAAAAUCGUGAAAAAGAUAGAUAUAAUACUUCCAGAACAAAGAAUUAAGUAUAAAAGCCACCACCAAUCACAGCCUAUGGUGUUAAUGAUAGACAAAACUAAGUUUGCAAUUUAACUCGUGACCAUGAACCUUACUGAAAACUAUCACUAAUGCGGUGAUAUACAAAUUCUCAAAAACAACCAAAUUGACAUUACAUGUACACAUGUACCAAUUCAAAGCAGAAAAAAAUGUCAUGUCGUAAUUCACGAAUGGCAUCCCGAAACUACAAUAACUAGCUAAAUUAAAAGAAACUUAGCUGACAAUGGUCAUUUCGCUUGUGACUCUUCAACCAUCUAAAUAGAAAAAUUAAUCAGAUUCAAAUGAUUUAAAAGACAAAAAGAUAUGUCAUUGUGUAAAAGCUGUAAGUCACUUUGGCAUACUCAAAAUCACUAUUACAAAAAUCUCUGUGUGAAAUUUCAUAAGACAAAAACUACCAAAAUCCGAAAAAAAUAAAAACCAAAAUAAUCAAUAAUUUUUCUGAGCCUAUACCGCGUAUUGAAUUAUGCUGUAUACAGAAAACCAUAGCAAUAAGGAUUUUAUAUAGGUACCUACGUGGCGUUUUUAUCACUAUGUGCGUUGCUAUGCCAUGCGCCCAAGUGCUUAAACGAUGGAAAUAUUCCAUUUUUACUUACCGAACGAUUGUAAUAUAGACUAACUAAAUAGUUAUUUAUGUCGUCGUGGAUCGUCGUUUAUAAUUUUGUAAUAGGUCGCAAAGAACGAUAUUAUUCUUGUUAUUAUGCUGGUGGAAAUAUUAUUGUUUAUCAUGGUGUUUUCCGGGAUCUUAGUGCUAUUCCUAUUGAACGUGGAUCCCGCCGAACGUGAAAGCGUUGGCGGAAUUCGUCCGAAGAUGAGGCCUACCGAACUCAGUACGCGAUGGUCGAGACUGCAAUUGUAUAAGGACGAGGGGGACGCUGCGAAAAAUUCAAAAAUAGUGACCGUGUCCAAAGACACAAUUUAUGCCAUGAUGCAGAGGGGCGUUUACGCCCUAAACGCACAGGACGUCAAGAAGGACGACGAAGGCAACGCGAUCGACGACGGCGAGGACGACAGGUGGGCCCGAGAGCUUAUGGAACGCACUUGCGCCGAACUGGACUUACACCAACCGAAUGUAAUAUCGUUGAUCCGGCUCGUUAACGAUUAUUGUGAUGAGUUGGAAAAGAUGAUGAACCAAUUCGAAGAGUCACUAUGUUGUUACAAUAACACUUUGGCUCAACUCGUCGAAAAUCGUACGGCUGUUGAGGCAGAGAUCAAAAAACAGUCUAUCCAAUGUAAGCAACCAAGCGCUGACGAGAGCGUUGUGGCUAUGGCAAACGACGAAAGUAGUCAUCGCCACUGGAAACCGCUUCCCUUGUCCAUUAGAGACACAAUCGUCGUGGCCAGCCGGGCCGAUGACGACUUUCUAACAAUAAUCGAACAAUUCGAAAAGGCGCUUGAGGAACAUCAUAAAUAAUGAUGAUUUAAAAAUAUUUAUAAAAUGUACACACCUAAAUUUUAGUUAUUUAAAUAGAUUUUAAUACUAUUUUGAUCUAUAUUUUAAUAAUUUAGUUGAAAUAAACGUUUACAAAAACUCUAUAAUCCUAAUUACCAUAGCCGGACAAUUAUUGGAAAUGUAUUUAAUUUAUCACUAAAUUAAUAUUAGUCGAAUUGUGACCCUUACGUACACAUUUUAUUUUUAUCAUCCACAUUAUUUUAUCUUUAUAAUUUUUUUUGUAAAAAGUGUCGUACUUACCUAAAAAUGUUAACGGAAAUUCCGUUUCUCCCGUUCCUAACUCAACUACACAAUUAAAUCGUUCUCCACAAGGCAACAAUACUUCGAAAUGACAUACCUAUAUUCCAUAAAUAUUUCACCUUAAUAGUAUUACUGUAUAGAAGUGUAAGCCGUAGUAAAUAGUGGUGUAUUAUAGAAGUGCCACAAUAGGUAAUUGCGGUCUGCGUGCGACGACGAUGACGUAGAUUUCUUUAGCUGAAAGAUCAUGAUUUUUUGCUUUCCAUUUUCCACGUUUGUUUGUUCACUUUUAAGCACUAGUGUUAAACAAAUUUUUUACAUGAAAAUAGAUAUUAAAGUUCAAGAAUACAAUUUCUUUUGUUUUUAGUUGAACUGAAAUUUGAAACAUUUAAAAUUUGACUUUUUAAGAUAGAGAGUUUAAUACAUUUUAUUGGGUACAAAUAUAUACUAGGUAGUGAAUUAUGACCUAUUUCGAGUAUUUCUCAAUAUUUGAAGAAUUUAAAAUGGUAAAAUAGUUUAAAUUCAUUGCAAAAUUUCAAUAGUAGAAUUCUUAUAACCUACCUAUAAAUUGUAAUAAUAGUUUGACAAUAGAUGGGUAGAUACUAGAUAUCCAUAAUUAAAAAUGAUUGUGUUAACCACUGUUAGGAUUCGAUAUUUGUCAAUUAUGCCAUUAUUGGGUGAUUUAUUUUUAGUUAGGUACUUAGGUACACCCAUAGUGAACUUAGAAAUUCUACACUAUACCUCUAUUAUUACAUAAUACAUCUAUUAAAUAUGAAAAAUAUCUUUUAUUUAUAAACUAUAUUACUUAGCUAGCAAUAAAAUAAAUCGAUGUGAUACAUUUGACUGGAUAUUUUGGUUGCUACUAAGUAACAUUGAUUGCAACUUAUAAUACAUUUACCGAGAUGUUUAAUAUGUAAUUUAAUCCA